CGUGCCACGUCACAGGUAACUAUCAAGUAAGCAGUAGUGUAACAUCGCUAAUUUCAUGUGGUGCUACUGUAACAAUGCAACAGCUGGUAUCGCUGGCCUGUCUGCUCUUCCACGUUUUCGUGGUGUUCGCCACUGAGUUCACGUUUGAGCUCCCCGAUAAUGAAGAAAUAUGUUUCUACGAGGAGAUGGAGCAUGGUGACCAGUUUGACUUUGAUUUCCAAGUGACAUCUGGAGGAAACUAUGACGUGAACUGUUAUGUGGCGGACCCUCACGAUAAAAUCUUGUACGAGGAGGAGAAGAAACAGUACGGCAGCUUCUCCCACACCACCGCCAUGAAGGGUGUCUACAAGGCCUGUUUCACCAACAAAUUCUCCACCUUUUCACACAAAUACGUCUAUCUGGAUUUCCGAAACGGUGGCGAGAAACCUCUCCUGCCCGACAUGACCAGAACCACAGCGCUGACUCAGUUGGAAUCAAUGUGCGUGUCAAUCCACGAGGUUCUGAAGGUGGUUUUGACGUCGCAGAGCUGGUACCGGCGCAGGGAAGCACAUGACCGCAUCAGGGCAGACCACAUCAAUCGCCGUGUCACUCAAUGGUCCAUCAGCGAAACGGUUCUGCUGCUUGUCAUCAGCGUGGGACAAGUCAUGUUACUUAAGAGCUUUUUUACUGACAAGAAAGGCCCAGUGGCCGCCCCGACUUAGACACGUCUCAUUCCAGCACUCCAGGAGUGCACCGUUUUUUCCCUCAGUGUCUUACAAAUUGUUUGGAAAGCGAUACCACUCAGGCUUGUUUGAAAUUCGAUUCUUUUAGUGAUAAUUUAUUUUACGUUACUUAGUCAUAGUGCAAUGCGGAGGAACCAGGUUGCCUUUGUACUACCCCUGGCAAAAAUAAUGGAAUCACCAAUUGUGUUUAAAGUUGUGUAAAAAAAAAAAAACAUUUAAGGAGAAAACAGAUCUGGCAAAAGCAAUCCGAAUGUUGGAACCAGAUUGAUGAAGAGUAUUGUUUUCAGAGUUGGUUCUAAUGGUGUGUUUGAAGUGCUUUACAAUUUUUCAUGAUUCCAUUUUCCCCCCUGUGCUAGGUCUUAAAAUGUAACUCAUUGACUGCCACAUUUUUUUUUUUUGUGUUUCAUAAAGCCAGAAAGUUGCCAUUUGAAAUGACUUCAUAAUUAUGUCAUGUCUGAUCUGCUGGUGAUUUCAUAAUAUUUUUUGCCAAGGGUUGCAGUAUAAAAUGUCAUUGUUACUCAAGUUGAAGCUGAUAUGUUUUAGUGUUCUUGGUCCUAAAUUAUGUGAGGAAAAAGAUGUUUGCGAGAAAAGGGUUUCUACUUUUUCCAUUUGCUAUUAAUGUGAUUUAUUUUAUACUGAAUGUUGGUGACUUGUAAAAUAAUAAUUCAUCUUAUCCCAAGUGACUUCGGUAGGAGGGGAACCCUGAACUGGUUGCCAGCCAAUCACAGGGCACACAGACAAACAACCAUUUGCCCACACAAUCGGGGAAUCAGGUGUGGUCAAUCGGCCAUGUUUUUUGGAAUGUCGGAUAAAACCCAUAGGAAACCCUCAUGGGCAUUGAGAGAACAUGCCAAUUCCUCACAUGAAGGAUAAUGUAACAAAGGAAUGUUCAUGUUUGAAAAAUCGAAUUCAUAU